AUGUUCCAAGAAAAAUCAGGCUUUAAAGUGUCGCCUGAAUUCACAAAAAGCUUCAACUCGACCCCAUUUCACAGUCCAUUGUCACGAAAGGCUCGAAAUUUGGCUGCUUCACAAGAUGAUGAAAAACAAGCAGUUGACCUGUUGAAGAUUUGCCGGGCUAAUGAGGAGAGGUUGACGCUUCUCAUCGACAGCAAAAGUGAUUGUGAAGUCUUCAAACAAAAUCUGACCAUCUGUGUGGCCAAUAACAAGGCGCUAAAGGAGGAGAAACUCACAGUCGAUGCUGAGCACAAAAAAGCAAUAACACUUAUUGGGAGAUUGGAAACAGAAAAAAGUACAACAGAAGAUCAACUUGUUAAAACAAAGAAAAAAGUUGUGCUCCUGGAGUCGGAAAAG